UGGUUACUGAAGCCUACAAAUAUCCAUCUUAGUGUUUUGCUAGAAUCGCAGCGAAACAACAUAACAGAAGAGAAAACUUCAUUCCAUUGGGAGAGGAGGAGAGGCCUAAAGGAAUACCUAUCAGAGUAGCCAAUUGGUUGCAGCUGCAGGUGGAUGGCUGAGAUGAAGUGGUAUGAAGAAGGGAAGCCUGUCUUUGUAAUGGUGGCCAUAAAUUUUUUCUUGGCUAUUGUGAAUAUACUCCUUAAGAAGGUCCUUGAUGAGGGAAUGAACAAUCUGGUUAUUAUAACAUACCGACAGUGUCUUGCCACCUCCUUCUUAGCCCCCAUUGCCUACUUUUGGGAAAGGAAAAGCAGACCAAAGCUCACAUCUCGCAUCUUAUGUCACAUCUUCUUGGGUGCCAUAGUGGGGCCAACACUGACGCAAUAUUUCUUUCUUCUUGGGAUACAAUAUACAUCUGCAACCUUCUCUUGCGCUUUCAUCAAUGUAGUACCUGUGCUCACAUUUUUAAUGGCGCUUCCAUUCGGUCUAGAAACUGUAAACCUGAAGAGCAAAGCAGGGAGAGCCAAGCUGUUAGGGACAGUGGUGUGUGUUGGGGGAGCCAUGAUGCUAACACUUUAUAAAGGGUUGCCAUUGACAAACCGACCGAGUUCUCAAGCCUCGACUCAAAUGACAAACCAGGCUAGCAGCAGGUUUAGCCCACAGAAGAGGGCUGAGAGAUGGACCAUUGGUACAAUAGCCCUGGUUGCAGGCAGCAUCUUCUGGUCUUCAUGGUUCCUCAUUCAAGCACGGAUUAGCAAGCAAUACCCCUGCCAGUACUCUAGCACCGCAAUUAUGUCAUUCUUCAGCGCAAUUCAAUCGGCUGUACUGAGCUUGGUCAUUGAAAGAGACAUUUCCUUGUGGGUUCUGAGAGGGAAAGCAGCCAUCUUAACUGUCUUGUAUGCUCGUAUUGGGAUCUGUUCUUGUGAUUAUUGGACUCUAUAUUCUCUUGUGGGGAAAAAGCAAGGAGGCCCAGAGUUGCAUGAUCAAGCCCCAAGCAGUGGAAGAGGAGGAAGCUCAUCAGGAGGCACCAGUCUAAGUAAUUUGGUCUGGCUAUUGAUUGCUCAUGAUGUCAAACUACUGGAGUCUUCACAAAAAUUGCUUGGCUGUAUUUCUUUUGAAGUACAGGGGGCAGAAAACAAAGUUUUGGAUGUAAAACAGGCGAAAUUUUCACUAAAAUUUUUCAGGUACAAAAAAAAAAUCCACAUAUUUUACAAUGAAAGAAAUCACUUAUAAGAUUGAAAGACUUGUUCCUUUUAUCUUCUUAGAUGGACUCUUAAGAGUGCAUCUAAAACAGAUUCCAAUUCCAUACUAUGUUAAUUUUAAUGUGAUGAAUGAUAAGCGUGUGGCCGUCUAAUAACAACUGAAGUUGCUGACUUAUUACUUUUCAUUUUAAUGGAUAAAAUGAUUAAAUAAUCAACCAUUCUAAAUUAUAGUAAACCCCCUAACUUCAGCUUUAGCCAUUAAGGAGCCCCAAACCUACUUAAAAUCUUAUAUUAUUUACUAAAAGACAAAACAACAAGUUUUUUGGUUCAACCACUUCAGCUGCUAUCAAAUGGCCCCUUGGUGUAAAUACAAUUUUGGGAAGAGAUAAUGUUGUUUAGUAGAGCUAAGUCUAUUAUGGGAGAUGCCUUGAUCAUGCACCUAUUGUCAACACCUAAUUUUUGCUUGGUCCCUUCAUCCUACUUCUUUAUAGAGACUCGAAAAUUUUAAAAUGUAACUAGAUCAACUUAAAACUUUCCAAAAUCUAAAGUUUCAUAUUUUUAGCAUAAUCCUCAUGUCAAAUGCCUAACUAAACUAUACCAAUAAACAUAACCUUUGAUUAAUGAGAACAUUGAUAUCAACAUUUGACAAUAUAUAAACUUUACUAACACGAUCAAACACAAUCCCUAUAUUUAAAAAACUAAAACUCAUUUGCAUGUUGAAUUUCAUGACCAAACUCCAAAGAUUCACUGUUUUGUUCAUCACAACUUUCUUUUUGACAGUCUUGAUUUACAUAAUGUUUGAACCUCGACUUAACAAA